UAUUGGCCUUGUAGCCUAGGAACGAUAACAUUUUGGCAUUCUUCCCAGCAUGUCUUCGCUUCCUUAUUUGUAAAAUGAUAUUACAGGUGACGACAAUACAGACCACACCCCAGUGACAAUGAACUCAACUGUCCCACUUGCACAGGGACGGACUCAGCCGAAUAAUUCACCGUUCGGGAACACCGAGUUACUAUGUAUGAACGGGUCGGAAAAGGACGAUAGUGGCACUUUUGAUGAAUCUGCGGCCUAUUUUAUGUUAUUACACGUUUGGAUAUCUACGGAAUCAUGGAAGAGCCGCAAUGUAUGAAGUCAGUUUUACCUGCGCUAGACUCAUUCACACUUGACGCAGUUGACACAAGUUUGGCAUUACCACCAGAGGGUAAUACGAAGACUCAUUCAAAUGACCGGAGUUUUCGUGUUCAGCAACAAGUGCGGCUCACACUUGCUCGUAAGGGCAAAAAGACAAAGGACAAUGGCAGUCUUCAUCUAUCCAGAAACCCACCAAGUAUCACCAGUUCCAGAGAUGGAAUCUUGUCUAACAUGAUGACACACUCAUCUUUGGGCCAGAUUGGCGGCGUGGACAUCAGCAGCCUGUCGUCUUUGAAGGAGAAUAUAAGAAGUCCGUCUAAGAGGGUGGAUUUGACCCCAGUCUCCAGCCCUGAGUUACCUCGCUCCCGUCUGGCCUACGGGACACUCCGUUUCGGAACCUACACCCUCCCCGGCCCUAGCCAGCCGCCCAUGAUGUGGACUUCAGUGGAGCGGUCGUACGGGACAGACUUGAUGCGGCGUUAUGCCCAUUCGGAAAUGGCCCGUAGCACAAGGACACACGCCAUGGCUAACGGCGGCAACUACCACUGGGGCCAGUCCCUCAGACAGACUCGAGGUCCUCAGCCCCUCUCGGCAGACCACUCAUUCCUGUGCAGCAGCCCUGUGAUUCGCACCGACAACAGCCCCUACCAGAUGGAGGUUCAAAGGGGGGCAGGGAGACAAACAGGCUACGGGUCAUUCAAUGCUACCCAGAGAGCAGAGGGCCUGGCCUGGCGGGCCCAGGUGGGGAGGGAGAGCCAGGGGCCUGUGGGAGCCAAAUGGCCUCCCUCGUACCCGGCCUCGCUGGUCAGCAUGGAGGUGGACAUGGGCCAGAAGAGGGAGGAGGCGGAGCCAGAGAUCCAGCAGAGAGACGUGAAGGAACUCACUGCACUGAAGCCGGAGAGCAAGGUGCCUGAGCUGACAUUGGAGAGGGCAGUGAACCUGCUUGGCCAGGAGAAUGAGGAGAUGCAGAUCACUGCUGCCAGCUUUAUUCAAAACCAAUGUUUCAACAGCGCUGACGCUAAGAAGAUGGUGUUCUACCUCCACGGGAUACCCAAGCUGAUCAAACUGCUGCAGAGCGACAGCGAGGAGCUGGAGCAGAUAGCGGCAGGGGCGCUCCGAAACGUUGUCUUCGAGAGCAGCGAGAACAAGAUGGAGGUGAAGGACAACGAGGGCGUGGCCCCCGUACUGCGUCUGCUCAGGAGAAGUCGCGACAUAGAGACCCGGCGGCAGCUCACUGGGCUGUUGUGGAACCUAUCCUCCCAUGACCUGCUGAAGGAGCGUCUCUCCAAAGAGGCCCUGGAGAUCCUGACCACCUCUGUCCUGGUGCCCUGCUCAGGCCUGUCUGAGGGGGAGAACCCCAAAGACGGCAUGCUGGCUGACCCAGACACCUUUUACAACGCCACUGGCUGCCUCCGAAACAUAAGCUCAACUGGUCCAGAUGGGAGAAAAGCCAUGCGGCAGUGUGAGAACCUUAUUGACUCACUGGUAUACUACAUCCGGGGAACCAUAGCCGACUACAAGCCUGAUGACAAGUCCACAGAGAACUGUGUGUGCAUCCUACACAACCUCUCCUACCAGAUGGAGGUGGAGCUUCCACAGAUGUACGCCAGCGAGCUUCAUGAGUCUCGACUCAACCUGGCUCCAAAGACCAAGACCCCCGGAUGUUUCGGCUCCCGCAGUGCCAAAAUCAUCCAGCGUCUUGAUCCAAAGUGCCCUCUGCUGGAGGAGAAGGGUAGUCCCUGUGGGAUAGAGUGGCUGUGGAGCGCCAUCACGGUGCGCAUGUACCUGUCAAUCAUGGCCCGCAGCAUCCGUCCCUACACCCAGGAGGCUGCCAUCGGAGCCCUGCAGAACAUCACAGCUGGGAACGGCCUGGUAUCCAAGGCCAUCGCCCACACCAUAGUACAGCGGGAGAAUGGUCUUCUCCAGGUCAGGAAGAUGCUCCAGGAAGGAGAGCGGGAUGUGAAGAAGUCUGCUGUGUCCCUGCUAAGUAACAUCUCACGCUACAGAGAGCUUCACGCUGACAUUGUCAAACAGGUGUUGCCACAGCUGGUGGUCAUGUUGCCCAACUCAGACACGGGCACAGACCUGCCUACAGAGGUGACCGUGUCCCUGUGCCACAUCCUCAUCAACCUGAGCCAGGACGAGACGCAGCACGUCAGGGCCAUCGUCAACCACGGGUCGCUGCCCAAGAUCAUCAACAUCAGCGCAAAGGACAACGGGUCUGGUCCCACCAGGGCUGGCCUGGCAGCCUGCAUCCUACUACACAGCAUGUGGAGCCACUCAGAGCUCCACGGGGCCUAUAGGAAGGCUGGAUAUAGGAAAGCAGACUUCGUCAACAGCAGGACAUCAAAGGCUGUAAAUUCAAUACAGCUGUAGCUCAGCUGGUAGAGCACGGCGCUUGUAACGUCAAGGUAGUGGGUUCGAUCCCCGGGACCACCCAUACACAAAAAUGUAUGCACGCAUGACUGUAAGUCGCUUUGGAUAAAAGCGUCUGCUAAAUAAUACGGGACUAAGCGGAGGAUCACAACGCAUUGUGCUGAUUGAGGCAAUAGUGUAGUUUCUCUUCUGUAUGGACUUGGAUGACUCAAUUCACUGCUUUAUAAAAUACUUGGUUUGUGUGUCUACCUCUCCACAGUGUGAGGUGUUACGUUUACUGGUGUGUGUGUGAGCCUGUUCCAGUGACACCAAUUGCUGCAAGCUCUUGGUAGCAGACCAAGUUCUCUACCAUGGAAAAAAAGCAUUAAAAACAAAACUGAUGGAGGAUCAGCAAAGACUUGAAUUACAUUUGAAGGAAGGAUUUUGAGGAAGAUAAUGUUUUGAGGAAGAAAAUGAAUCAGCAUAGAUGUGGAAGACAAGAUAAAGAUACAAGUAUAACAUGUAUGUUAGUCUAAUGAAUGUCAUAACUUAAGUUGUAAAAUAUAGUUGUGAUGUUAACAUAAUUGGGGUUGUAAACAAUAUUAAAUGACUACCUGUAGGUCUAUUAAAAAUGUCCACAAUCAUAGAUUUUUUGGGGGUCAAUCAAAAACAGGGCGAAGAACGUUGCAGAUAGAAAUGCUAUGAAUAUUUAAGACAUGGUUCCUUAUUCUACUUGUCAAAGGGCAUGUUUGUUCUACAUAGCAGAUUUCUAUCUGAAUGUAGCACAAUGUUGCGUUUUGCUGAAUGCACCCCUGGUGUGAUAUCUCUGUAAUGCAAAUAAUAAUUAUAGACUAGAAGGUGGCAGAGUGUUGAUAAUAAAAGCCUAAAAGCCACAAAUAUUUUAUCAAUCUGAAGUUGAUAGAUGUGCUCCAGUUUUAGAGUAAAUAUUUGUAUAUACAUAUUUGUUGUACAAUGCAUUCGAGAUUACUUGGGAACUGCAUGGGUAGGUAGGUGUUGAAUCGUUUUGUUACUACAUUGUUUUACUACUUGGCUUAAAAUAAAAUACAAUUGUGGUUAAUCAUUAA